AUUGGUCCUGGAGCAGUUAGUGAUGGUCCAGAUUUGACUAUUAUGAAUAAAACAUCUUCCGCUGAUCAAGCUCGUAUGACAAGAAACCUUGAUCAAUUAAAAUCUCAGUAUAAAAAACAACAAACACGUCAACGUUCAACGAUUAUUGUUCUACCGACAGAUAUUUUAGAAUCGGUCUGUUAUCAAACCAAUAUGAUUGCUGUACUACCACAAAAAAGACAAACAUCAACUGUAAGUUUAUUGUUGUAA